CUCAGCUUCUAGCCUUACAUUUACUUGUCUUCAAACUCCUAUUGUUGUCCGAUGAAUCUUUGACAUCAUGAUGGUAUCGAAGUCCCGCACCCGCCACUUCCAAUCCCAGCAAUUGCAACAAGUACCGCAAUUGAAGCUUAAAGACUGGAGUUACAAACCCAGGAGAGCAACAUACCAGCUUGAUGUCAGCAGAUCAGAUGCGGGACUCGUUGGUAUGAUGGGAAGGGGACCCGUGGUUCCACCACCGUCUCCACCACCGUCUCCAGCACCACCAAUGCACCACGACGAAGAGUUAAUGUUUGGUCAUGGUUACGAGCGGGAAGGUUCAAGAACACCACCUCUUUUUGCAUACCACACGUACCCGGCUCCCGAGGAUUUGUCAUAUCCACUAUACCCUGAUCCACCGCCAUUCGGACCAAACUCUAUUGGAGGAAAACAAAACAACUAUCAGCCAGUUACUCUACCCUCAAUAAAUGACUCGCUCCAGUCAAUCAAGCACAGAGACUACAACAACCUGCUACCCGCCAUCGAUCAGAACCAAGGAGAAGACAAGACUAAGAAGCACGGUAGAUAUAGCAGAAACGCUUCCGCUUGAGAAAGUACUAAUAUUUUGGCUAAGCAGUUUAUGAACCUGUGCCAAAGCUUGAUCGCACAAUGACAAAACUUGCAUUACACGGCCCGAGUUUUGAAUUUACUCCUGCCGUUCCGUCUUAUUUCCAAUCGCAAGACAUUCUCUCUCAGCGACUCCAAGAAGCAAACGGAAGGUAUCUAGAAGGGCCAAAACCAGACCACUCUUCACCAUUCAGAGUAGGCUCACCACUUUCUCCGCGCAGCUGGAUCUCCUCUGCAAGUCGCACGAGAGAGCAGCAGAAGGCAGAGAACGAUGCAUGGGCACUUCAAAGACAACUAGAACGAACCUCUCCAGCAGAUACGGCACCAAAAACAGUUUCACCUGAGGAAAUUCACUUGUGUUAUAAUGAGAUCCAAAAAGACCCAUGGUACUCUCUAUCAGCACCAGAGGAAAAGAGAGAUGAGAGCGAACAAGAUCUAUGGAAAUUCAUCUCUCUCGAGCAAACUUACCCGGAGGAUGCAGAUUCAGGCAAAGACUCAAAUAUUAUUAACAAGAGGGUUCUACUUCAUGAAUUGGAUUCUAGCAUCGAUACUUUAGCAAAAGAACUUACAUCCAACACAGGACAGGACUGGUCGACAUCUUCGAGCAUCGUCAAUAAUGAUACUAUGCCGAGCUAUUGGAAUAACAUAUCCUCUGUAGCGGUGACAUCGCCUUUUUUCGAUCAACCAACUCAAUUCACCACGAAUCGUCCAGUUACGGAAGAUGUCUAUCAUGAAAUUCAAAACUUCCAUCAGUCAGCCUCGGUUCCGGACGUUGAAGGUAUCUUCGACUCCUCAUAACCGCAAGUAACUCAAGGGCUAAUACAAUUGACCAGAUGUGCAAUUACGAAUGGCAUCCUCUCCGAACAAUGAGCAAUCCUUCAAUUCCAUGGGUCCAACAAAACCAAAUGUAGUUGUCUUGAAAAAACAACUUUAUCAAGAAGGAAGCUUAACAGAGGAACAAGCACUACGAAUCCGCGAACUAGGCACUGCGAUCUUGCAGCGAGAGUCAGAUUCGCAAAAAUUGAAUAUGUCAAAGACCGAAGCUGGAGGUGUUCAAAGUCAAUACUACGAUACAAUGAAGCUAUCUGAAGCCGUGGGGCGACUCAACCCGUUUGGUAACCCGAAAGACUCUCAACGAACUUGGCGUGUUGACGAUCCUUCUCCAGCCUCUUCUAAAAGCAGAUCGAGAGAGAACAAGAGAAAGGUUCUCCGUGUGUUGAUCAAAGGAAAAGAACAUCUUUCGUGUCCAGACUCUGGGGCUUCGGAGAACAUCAUGAGUGAGGAAUUUGCCAACCAUGAAGGCUUCCACAUCCGGCCGAGGGUGAAGAUGUUACAACUCGGUAACGGAAAGUACGUCUGGUCAACUGGCAAGGUGUAUACAUCAGUAAUAGUACCAGGCCUUCCACUUUCUAGGACGAAGCAAGCUUUCUUAGUGCUGCCUGAUUGCCCUGUCCCUUUGAUUAUGGGGUUGCCAUUUCUAGAGGAAGCCGAAAUAAUGUCAAAGAAUUGGCACGUACUUGAAAGUUGUCCAGUGGAGUUGAAAAAUAUAUCCCAUCUUCUCUGGGUCGGACCGCCCCGCAACAGGAUGAAGUGUUCGUUCGCUGGUCGUGAUCUGAUUGGUGUUGCUGAUACUGGCAGCGACCUCAACAUGAUGAGUUUGGAAUGCGCGAAAAGAGAAGGAUUCGACAUCGAUCAGAGGGACAGUGCUCGAAGACGAAUCAGAUUCGGGGACGGAUCGGAAGCAGAAACCGUCGGCCAAGUCUACGUGUACAAUUUGGGAUUCGACUGGAGUCAGCCAGAGACUGAAGCGCACGAUACAUCUCCUUCCAGUCCAAAGGAUUCUCCCUCAAAUGACGCCCCAUCAGGCGUCUCAGAGGAAGAUAAUUACGAGGCUUUUCAUGUGUUCCCCGGCCUACCGUCCGAUUUGAUAUUUGGACGUGAUCUUCUCGAUAGACUUAAUGCGUUCAAUCUAUGUCCCGAUCUAGUCAGCGAACACCCCAAGAAGCGGAAGAGGCCCGAUGAAGUGCCCGUCUCUGAGCUCAACAUACUGAUCAAUGUCCGUCGCUCGAUUUUCUCAUUCUGGAAGCGAAGAAAAAACAACGCAGGAAACCCCAUUCCCCUCGACGAAAUGGAAACGCAUAAUGAUGACUGGCAUGCAGAACUUGGACGGCGCUCAAUAGAAGAAGAUAGAAUUAAACGGUUGCCGCAGCGUGAGCAAGAACGAGCUCGGAGAGCUGAAAGAAGACAGGUUACAGAAUGGGACCGACUUCACGCCCGUUGUCUUCACUGUCAUCCUGAAUGAUUCAAAGCAGACCUGGGCACGAUGGCAAUAUACAUCGGAUUAUCGCGAUAUAUCGCCGAUAAAUGUUUCCACGAUACCGAUAUUUAUCGUCUGAAAAGUGACGAUAAUCAAUAUUUUGUACCUAGAAUAAGUAUUUUUAGGGGUCGUUUUAGGGUUAUUUUAGAGGGUUUUGAGAGGUUUCUACCUAAGAAAAUUAUCCUUACUUAAGUCACAUGAUUAAACUGUAACCUUCUGUCGAUAAUAAAACCUUAGGGUAU